UGCUUCCGCUCCGUUUUUAAGUUUAAUCGUUUUGUCCUGUGAUAUUAGUCGAUUAUUUUAAGAAAAUGUCCCGUGUUUUUAGAACUAGUCUCCAUUGCUUCCUCGGGUUGCUGUCUCUCGGGGUCUUCACCGAGGCGAACCUUUUCAGCAACAGCAGCCUCGAAGGACCCAACGUCUGCACACGACAAGAAUCGUAUACAACGACUGUUCGAGUAUCGAAACACAAACCUUAUCAAGUGCGAGAAUACGGGUUUUGUUUGAAUUUCCCACCUCGAUGCUCCAAGUAUAGGAUCAAGUUCAAAACUGAAUACGAAACCCAG